UCCCUGGGCUGUACUGUGGUACCGCUACGGUUCAGAGGAUCCAUUCUCGUUGACAAUUGGGUGUACAGGUACAGUGGAUUACUGGUGGAGCCGAAGUGUAUGCUGGACGAAAGGACAGACAUAUAUUUGCAGUGGUCGUUCCUAUAUUUGGAGGAAACUGUCCCUUGAAUCCGCUCAAUCACAACUGAGAUGGCUAGUGCUCUGUUUGCGAUCUUUAGCCUUAUCUUGCUGUCUGGUGUGUCAGCAAAGGAACCUCGGCCGUGUUGUUGGAUCAGUCAAAUGACAGGGCAGGCUGAAUUGCAAGGCACCAAAAAGCUUGAGGAUGGCUCGGUGAUUUUGGAAGAGUCCGAGCUUCAGUGGGCCUAUGAUGCCACUUUCCAGGCAGAAGCUUUCAUCUUUGACGAAAUACUCGAGAAUUCAACGGUCAUUAAGGGACGGAUUGUAAACUUCUAUGAUCAGGGUUUAUCCUUCUACAUCAUUGACAAUCAGGGCGUUGAGAGGUGUGCCAAGAUCCGUAUACCAGCCAGGUUUCCCAAAAAAUGUAUUCCGGAGCAUGCUGAGUACUAUGGCAACCGCACCCUUGGCAACGAUUCCCUAGUUGCUCACGAGUGGAAGCUUAAUACAGUGGCCGGUGGGGAUGUAGUGAACGUUUCCUUCUUGAUCCAGGACGAGUACUGCGUGCCCAUCAGCUUUGGUGUGGUCUCUCAAGAGCCGAGGGUCCGGACCAUCGCUUACGGUGACAUUGAACUGGGUAUUUGCGACCGCGAGAAGUUUUUCCGUAUUCCUGAUGAGUGUCGUCAAGUGAAUGAUGGUACUCCCAAGGGACAUAUGUAUCAGCAGAUAAUGCAAACAGCCUUCAACAUGUAGAAACCGGUGGAUGGAAAGGGAUAACGCAAACUCGAUCUUUAAAGAAGACAUGAAUAGGAUUUUUAUGAAUAUGUGUAUAGGCAAGCUUCUCGCAAAGUUUUAGUAUGAUUUUCCAUGUCCUUUUGAAGAAUAAAAGGGAGAACUUUAACAUUUUGGUUUGUUAUGCUGAUCAAAAUUUCCAUUUUUGUGAGCUACUAGCAGCUAGUGGCUUCAUAGCCACACGGUAUUCCUUGUGUAGGCCUACAUUUCUCAGAGUGCGUUCCACUUUUUACUGCUUAACGUGCUAAGUAGCUUGCUCAUACAAUAGUAAUGGCCAAUUAUUUCUUGAAAACUUUGUUAGGGCGUAAUUGUGAAGGACGAUUUUCCUUGUACUUUUUCUUAUGUGCCUUUGAUGAGUAGUGCCUAAAACGAGACAGGCAAGUCGAUCUAGAUUAUACCAUUAUGAGUUUACCGUAGACACUUUCACUCAUGAAAUUCUCAAAACUCGUGAAAAUUCUCUGUAUUCGAGUGAAAAUUUGUUCCCUCCGAAAAGCUCUGACUGACAUUAGGGACUAGACGAAUUCGAGAUUUGACUCGAGAUUUCACUGAAGUUUUUCGCAAGCUAUUUCGAUCUGAAUUCAGAGUGACUUUAAUUCACUCUGCAACAGUUCCACUCGUACUCUCUCGAUCACCGUUUGGUUCAAGGAAAUAUCUUUGCGACUGAUCAUCUUUUUUGUGAUUUAGGAAAUAACACUGUGGAAAAUAAAAUGGGAAAUAAAGAG